CCCCCCCCACACUCCCCCGCGCUCCCAGGGGUCACACCGGGGGUUACCGCCCCCACUGUCCAUGGAGGUCCAGGAGCGACGCCCCCGAGCGCUUCCGCGCCCCCCCGGCGCCUCCUGCGGGACGCGAGGCGACGAGGCGGGAGGAGCGGCCGCAGGUGCGCGGGGUGGGCUCUGAGUCCGCGUGUGUGUGACCCCCGUGCAGACAUGAGCCCCAAAAGCUGCCUCGGCUGCACCAAGUGCUUCGUCUUCCUCCUUAAUCUCUUCUUCUUCUUCCUGGGCAUCCUCCUUCUCGCCUUCAGCUUUUGGGUCCUCUUCGACCGGCAGAGCUUCGCCGCCGUGCUGGGAUCGCCGCUGGUCAGCCUGAGGGUAUGGUCUUACGGCUUCUCUGGGGUCGGCAUCGUCACAAUGUUCCUGGGAUUCCUGGGGUGCCUGGGGGCUCUCAAGGAGGUCAAGGUCAUGCUGGGGCUGUAUUUUGGGCUCCUGCUGCUGCUCUUUGCUGCCCAGAUCACAGUGGCUGUCAUCAUCUACACGCAACGUGCCGCUCUAGCUACAAAGGUGGCCACCUACACAGAGGAGCUGAUCCGGGGGUACCCAACGCAGGGACCACCUGGGGACCCCCACGAGAGCUGGGAUGCUGUCCAGCAGCAGCUCGGCUGCUGUGGCUGGAAAGGACCCCAGGACUGGGACCACCACGAUGAUGCCACCAGGGACGAGGUCAUGGACAGGGCCAUCGCCUGCUCCUGCCUCGUGGCAUCCAACAGCACCCAAAAGACCCCAUGGAUGCUCCCCCAUGGCCGCUGCCCCACAGCUGCCCCCCACAAUAUCUUCCCCAGGGGCUGCAAGGAGAGGGUCCAGACCUGGCUGGCUGGAAACCUGGUCACCAUCGUGGGGGUUUGCAUAGGCAUCGGCCUGGGGGAGCUCUCCCUGCUGAUGCUGUCUAUGUUCCUGGUCCAGAACCUGGACUCCCGCUACGAGAAGCUGCUGCGGGGGUUCUGAGGGGGCCAGGGUGGUGUGGGAGGGAGCCUGGAGGGCUUUGUCGUUCAAUAAAAGC